UCAUUUUCGUUAUCAGUAACGAAGAGCUUUCAUCAGUAGCUUGUCGUGUGUCAACCUUAUCGCCGCUGUCACAAGUACCCGUAUUUUCACUAACUAUUUUUGUAGCUUACGUAUUUCUACUCACCCGUUUUUCCUGCACUUAUGAGAUUGCACCUCGAAGCUCUAAAUACUGACGUGAAGUUCAACGUGUUCAUACUUUGGUCUCCUGUUUUUAAGUUACCAUCAUCCCUUCUCGAUGGGGGUUGCCCUAGCAAUUUCAUCCGUCUUUAUUGGGUGUUGCAGCAAUGUUGUCUUUUUGGAAUAUUUAGUGAAGAAUGAUCCUGGCAAUGGCAAUCUGGUCACAUUUUCACAGUUCCUGUUCAUAGCCUUACAGGGGUUUAUGUUCACAUCAAAGUUUGGCACUGUGGAGCCAAAGAUAAAAUUAAUGGACUACAUGGUCCUAGUAGGAAUGUUCUUCUUUGUUAGUGUUUGUAAUAACUAUGCCUUUGACUUUAAUAUUGCCAUGCCACUACACAUGAUUUUCCGUUCAGGAUCUUUGAUUUCUAACCUCAUCAUGGGUAUUAUAAUAUUGAAGAAAACUUAUACAUUGGAAAAAUAUCUCUCUGUAUCAUUGAUUACACUUGGAAUAAUACUAUGCACCAUUGUAUCUAGUCAAGAUGUGAAAAAACCAGUCGCUGAAAGUUUGGACACUGCUCAAGAUAUUGAGGGUUUCUUUUGGUGGGUUGUAGGUAUCCUCCUUUUAACUGGAGCUUUAUUUGUCUCCGCUAGAAUGGGUAUCUAUCAAGAAGUGAUGUACAAAAAAUAUGGAAAGCAUCCCUUUGAAGCGCUAUACUAUACUCAUUUAAUACCAUUACCCGCAUUUGCCCUCUUGUAUCGAAAUAUUUGGGAGCACUGGUUAAUAGCCCUGAAUAGUCCUCAAAUGGUGGUUCCAGGCCUUGGAAUAUCAAUGCCAAGUUCAAUCUUGUGGCUCCUAGGAAAUGUCGUGUCACAGUACUUGUGUAUUGCAUCAGUAUAUUAUUUAACCACUGAAUGCUCAUCUUUAACUGUAACAUUAGUUGUUACUCUGCGCAAAUUCACAAGUUUAAUUUUUAGUAUAGUCUAUUUUAAGAAUCCGUUCACUAUUUAUCAUUGGGUUGGAACAAUCCUUGUUUUUGCCGGCACUUUGAUAUUCACUGAAGUUCCUCACAAAUUGAAGCAAUCAAUAGCCCCAGUAGAUGACCUGAAAGAGAAAAAGAUCAAAAAGAAAGAGUAACCCUUCAGUUUUUAUUAAUUUGAACCACGUUAGAACAAAUUUCAAUGCAGAACCAAAAAGUACCCAUACUAUGUUAAGCUAUUUAUUUAAGCAUGAUUAAUUGCUCUUGUAAAUUGUUACCGAUCUUAAGUGCCUCAUUUAUUUUCCUCUCCGCUUCUAAUGAUAGGAGAUGAUAUGAGGUUUUAGAGAGAAGAGAUGAAUCCCAAUUUUUUAUUUAUUAAUUCGGCAAUGAACUGAGGUGAUUUGCAUCUAAGAAUUCAUCCAAUGUCUGUCCGCUCAUUUUCUGUCCAUUGUCUUAGGUUGACUAUUUUUAACCUCUCGAAUUUCAGGGUAACCACCAAAAUAAUUUUUUGAAACUGUAAUUGGUGCAAUAAGUAUGAUUGUCUACUCAUUUUGUUGGACCUAACUGGACAACGUCCUAGGGAGACAAUGUUUAGAUUUAAGCAUCUCUUCUAGAAUGUUCGCAAUGCCAAGAAAAAAAAUUUACAGUCAUCUACGAAUGCUCUGUAAUUACAAUAUUGCCAUUUGUGCAUUUUGCUUUUUUUUCUGUGUCAACCGGCUGAUAUCUGUUUGUCCUGAGGGUAGUUAGAGGAGCUCCAAAGAAAACAAUUAAGGAUAUUAUUCAUGGUGAUGGUCUUCUUAUUCUCUUUCGCAAGGAAAGUGUCUCUUUACUUUUGAUUGGACGUUUUUUCCACUGCUUUCUUCCUUUGGUUUUCUUCUUCUUUUUUCUUCUCUAAUAUAGGAAAUUGUGAAAUAGGUAUUUAUUUUAGGCAGACGGUGAUGGAGAAAAGUUUCGAAAAUACUGUGAUGGCACCUACUUAUUAUACCUCAAUAGUCUCUUAUAAAUUUAUUAUAUUCUAUAAUAUUUCUAAUUGUCAAUAAUAGAAUGAUGAAAAACUGAUUGAUGUGAGGGUGAGCGGAUCUUAAAGCAGAUAUUCACAAUUUUUUUGUAUAUUUUCAUGGUUUCUUAGAACGGUUAAUAAGUAAGUAAUUUUUAGAACUCAGAUAUGCUUAUCUGAAGGUCCUCCAGUAGCAAUGACCUUAAAAAAGCAAUUUUCAAAAGCUCUUUAAUUAAAUUUCCCCAAUGCUAACUUUAGGAAACCGUGCUCGACUCUUUUUUUAAAUAAAAUUUAACUCUAUGCGAAAUCUAUGUAAUAAAGUCUAAAAUAAUAAUUACUCAUUUUUCUAGAGUUUCUAACAUUUCUUCAAACAUUUUAGUUUUGAAAAACUACCAUUGAUUUUUUAAAGGUUAACACUAUGAUUACCUUCCUUUUGUAAAUUUUACCAAAAAAAAAAAAAAAAAAUUCAAAAAGAUUUCCUAAAACAAACAAUCCAACAGUAUUUGUCGGAGUUGUCUUUUUAAAGUUUACGAGUUUUAGAAGUUUUUUUUUAUAAUUGUCAUUACUAGGGUCAGGUCAGUUUUUCCUUAGUCUAUUAUGCCUAAUCAAAGUGUAAAGCAAACUAGUCAGCUUGACGAGUGAAAAAGACAGAUGUCUUUGUAUUAUGGAGCUAAUUCGCUGUUCAGAUACUCAGCCCGAUUCCUUUUAAGUUUUGACAUAAGUUUUUAAAAUUAGUUUAAUCCUAAUAUUUCCAGCUAAAUUAAGUUGAAGUUUACGAGCAGGUGCUUUAGUAUAUGACUUAUGGCUCUGGAUCUGUUAAGGGCUAACCAAUUCAAAUAUUUUGUCACUCCCAUAAAUAUGUAUGUUUAAAACGGUCAUCCGUCCCAACCCACAAGCAUUUUUUUAUUUCUAUUUCUUUCUAUAAUUUUAUGGCACAGUCUGUUAGAUCAUUUUAUUCAGCUGACCUCUAACUAGGUAGUUGUAUUUAAAGUUAGAAUUCCCUCUACCUUUAUCAAGCUACGUAAUGAAUAAUCAUGAAUCAUAGUUUUAUAUUAUGCGAAAAAAUAAUCCAUCAGCAUUACGUCCAUCAACUUGAUUUCUAACCUUGUGGAAAACAUUUAUAGAGAAACUUGUUGUUUAGCAAAUUUUGGUUGUGAAGACAUGCUCGCUAUUUUUUCUUGCUCCCUCCAAAAAUGAUUAAUUUCAAUUUGUAUACGUUACAUUCAUCCUUUAAGCAUAGUCACUCUCCAUGUCAACGUUACUCAAUUGAUACUCCCUUUUUUCUGACAUUGACCAUCUAUGUUGAACAAAAGUGCAGGAGUACGAUGUCUCUAUUUCUCUACAGAGAAUAAUUAUUUUAGCAUGGGAAUGUGAAUAUCGACGGUGUAAGUC